CAGGCCGUAAGGCAUCUCCCUAAAUACUGAUUUUGUUUGGAGAAGCUGUCUAUUGUAUCUCACUAUACUACUAAGCUAGCCAUCAAGUCUUCUACGUCCCCACAUCCUCAUACUGCAUGAUCAUGUCAACCAAUCGAUAUGUAUCAUGUCUAAUCCAGGGAAUGAAAAUCGCCGCAUCGAGCGUGACAGCUGCCGCGAGGCACUUUCCAAGCACAUUUAUGAUAUGCUAUCUGAUAAGGUUGUUGCACCCUCAAAAGUACGAUUGCAACCAUCACCUAGCGACGGUUAUAAAUGGUCUUACAAGGAAUCAAAAAGCCACCUAUUCAAGAAGCCGCUGAGCGAAUUGUCAACAAAUAGUUAUAUUGAACUACGGGAAGCUCUUAAAGAAGGCGCUAUCAAAGCUACCCGAACACACAAUGAGUCCCCCGACACCGAAUGGAGGAAGCUCAAAGCAGAAUUAGACGGCGCUUGUAACAGGGUAGCUGAGUUGGAAGGCGAAAACCAACAGUUAUACCAAGCUCUACAAAGACAGUCUGAGAAGUUAAGAUGCCUGCAGCGAUGCUUUGCAGAAAAUAAAGGCCAACUCGAGAGUGCGCUAUUUAUAAUGGAAACAGUAAAGAAGGCCUUUGAUAGUGAUUCGUAUGUAUUUGAAUGAACGAUAGUGAAUCAAGAGAUGGAUGUUUUAGCUUUAUGAAGA